AUGACUAUAGCAAGAGUAUUUAUUGAACAAGAAAAACAAUUUGGUUUAAAUUAUGCAAAUUUUAAACAAUUCAUUGAUUCAUUAAUUAAAUCAGGUUUAUCACACAAUGAAUUUGAUAGUCAAACUCACACUUUAUCAACAUUAGGAUCACUUAUGUGUCAUUCACAACAAGUAGCUAUGGAAUAUACCAAACAAAUUUUUCAUAUCAUCGAUGAAGUCGAUCAUAUAUCUUUAAAAUGUCAAUCCUUAUCUAUUCUUAUUGAUAUUCUUCUUGUACAUGGUAUUAAUAUUAUAACAACAAUAAAUCUUGAUAAUUUAACACCAUCUCAAUUUCUAACAGCAUAUUUUUUAAAUCUUUUUCAUGAACAAAAUAUGGAAAUAAAAACUAUCAUUGUAUUUGGUCAUAUGAAAUUAUUUCUUAGUUCUUGUCUUGAAUCAACAAUUAAAUUACUUCGAAUUAUAUUUGAUUAUCGUUUUACAAAUGAUCAUCGAUCUAUUAAUAAAUAUGAACGAAAUCAAAUAACUUCUUUCUUUUAUUUUUUUAGUCAUUUAUCGAAUUCCAAUGUUUUACUUAUUGAAGAAUUAACAUUUGAUCUUAUUACUCAUUGUUUACCAUUUAUAUCUAAUAAUAGUACAAUAGCUUAUAAAUCAAUUUUAACUGAAUCGAUGUCUUAUUUUUGUAUUGAACGUCUUUCAUUAUUAACUUUACCAACGGAAGAAUGUUCACAUUAUAAUCUUGCUAAAAAUCUUCUUGAAUCAAUUCAUACUUCAACAAAUAAUCAUACAGUAUGUACUAUAUAA